UUGUGUAGAUAAGCAUGUCUUCAUGAGCCUUCAGUUCAGUCAAUGUGGCACAGUCAAUGAAGAAUUUAAUUUGCUUCAAAUUAAAGUAUGGUCAAGUUUAUUAGUGAUCUAACACAUCCUUAGCUAGCUGAUUGUGUAUGUGCUAAUCAAAACAGUGAGAUUCUGGAAUAAGAUGGCUGCUUGCUUGCUGCAAAUCUGAAAACUAGUAAUGAUUACAAGGUGCCUUUGAAGGAUUGCUUAAUCAAGCAAGCUUCUCUAAUUUUCCCUUUAAACUUUGGUGACUAGGUUAAGAGUAAGUAUAUAUACUAUCUUUUCUUAAUCUGUCAUUAUACAUGCCUUUCUGCCUAAUCAGUGUGUAGUUGUGUGCACAGAGCUACUUAACCUCAAGCUUCACUUUUUUUUGCAGUGUGCAUAUGUGUAGUUCAUCAGGUGCCAGUAGUAAAUGGUACUUGAAAAGCCUUCUUCUUUUUUAACUUUUACACCACCAAAGUUACCAUCUUUCUGGUAGUUAGGUGAUCAUGCAUUAUAUUUACUGGUAACUUUGGACAUAUGCACCUGAUUAGUUUACUAAAAGGAAUAAUUAGUGCAUCCUAAGCUAGCAUGAAGGCCCUGGUGAUAACAUUUCUUAGCAAAAGCAGCUCUGCAAUUGGCUCUUCCUUUCUGAGGGGGAAAAAAGCAGGGGUGGCUCCUUAUAUAACCUUGGUACAUGGUUUCAUGUGGGCAAGUGGUGUUUGCCCUUUGGACCUCAGCAAGAGCACUUGCAUAUAUGAGGAGCUCUUGAGCCAUUUUUCUUCUUGCUCCAUUUCUUGCUUGGUUGAUUUGGUUCUUGUCUGGUCAUCCUCACAGGAAAGAUAUAAACGGUGAUCAACUGAAGAAUCAUAUGGAGCUUUACCCGGGAUACCUUGAAGACCAUUUCAACAUCCACAAACUUAGGUAAGAAUUUCUUAAUUGGUGUUCCAUUUAUUAUUAUUUCUCUGUUCUAAAAAAAACCCAUUGUUCCAUUUGAAUUUACACAAAAGAAAUUAAGGUGAUUCUGUAAAACCUUAGGCAUGGCAAACAGAGUGGAAUUAGCUUAAUAAUCUGAUGCCUAAUAUAUAUACACUAGAGUAAAAUGCACCAGCGGUUCUUAAACUUGUCAGCAGGUUUCGCUUAGGUCCACAAACUUGCAAAGCGCAUAUCGAGGUCCCUAAACUUAGUUUAUUGUAUUAUCCCGGUCCAAAGCCGCGUUUGACCGUGGUCUUGCCUACGUGGCACACCACGUGGACGAUGACAUGGAUUUUUAUUUUAUUUUUUCUCCCUUCUUCCUUCUUUUUUUCUCUUUCUUCCUUGUCGAAAAGAUGAAAAUGCCUCAUACACAUCAUCGUCCAUGUCAUCGUCUUUUCAUAAAAGAGAAAAGAGAAGGAAGAAGAGAGAAAAAAUAAAAAAAAACCAUGUCAUCGUUCACGUGGCGUGCCACGUAGGCAAGACUACGGUCAAACGCGACUUUGGACCGGGAUGAUACAAUAAACCAAGUUUAGGGGACCUCGAUGUGCGCUUUAUAAGUUCGUGGACCUAAGUGAAACCUGCUGACAAGUUUAAGAACCGCCGGUGCAUUUUACUCUAUACACUAAAUUAUAGAGUUGGUGCUAAUAGUUCUUUAGCAGAUCAAGUGGACUAUUUACAAAAACAACAAAGUGAGGUCAGGUCCACCACAGUAUUGGGGCUGUGCCCUUCUUUUGGAAUCUUCAUCUAGUGGUACAACAUGGCUACAUGGGAGUCCAUAGAGAGGGAGAUUUUUUUCGACAUGUGUACGUGUAUGCUCGUCCUUGGAGAUUCACCUUACCUUUGAAAUCUACACUUUGAAAAAUUGAUUGAACUAAAAACAAAGACCCAUUCGUGGAGGUCUAAAUAGUUGAUUCGCCCUAAUAUUGAAGGUCUUCUAGGUCGUCAACUUCUUUCAAAAUCCAUAAUCUCCCACAAAACAGAUAGCGCGGCACCUAAUAUCUUAUAACAAAACAGUUAAACCAAGGUGAACACUUGAUUACUUUAAGAGACUAAAAGUAGGAGUCAACACUCAACUUGCAUGACAAUUACUUCUGAACAACACAUCAACUAUUACGUUAAAAUAGAGAUGAUGAUAAAUCAAGGGAUAUAGUUUCCUCCAAUAAAAUGUCGAACUACAUUCCUAUCAUCGUCACAGUCAGGAAUAUGGAUAUACUUUCCAGUGAAAAUGAUGAGGAUGCCCUCGAAUACCAUCGCACGGCUGAAAUUUUAUGAUAGAUAAUACAUGAUCCCUCAUCAAGAUAAUUAAGCAUAAAAUCCUAUGGCUCUAGAUUAUUGGAGUGGUACUAGAUAUGCAUGUGGUUUCACAAACUACAAAUCUAUAAGCUAGAAUAGAGGUUCAUUUUGACCAGAAUAGUGCAGAAAGCACUAGGAGUGGCUGCAAAGGAGAUCCUGAUUCCCUGGUGCCCUGGUGGCAUGUUGUGGGGUCCACCCCCCACAAAUAGUCAGAUUCCAAGUGCCGCUAGUUAAUUUGCUGACGACGCACUGACGGCUCAAACGUUGUGAGAGACGCAUCAUCGCCAACUAACUCAGAGCUAACUAAUCAAAGUUGGUCCCAACCAUUAAAAAAAGAGAGAAAAAGAUUUUUCCUAUCUUUACUACUCCAUGACAAUUAUAUAUGUUGCCGUCCUUUCUGACAAAAGGGCUAGGUUUAUGACUUUGGAAGCAUGCAAUUCGUGUGAAAAAGUUUAUAUUUCCACUUUCUAGUAAGUUAUAUUAGAAGUUGUUUUGGAGUGUAUGAAUUUUGAAUUAGACCAAUAUCAUGUCAAUCAUAACCUAUGUGAGAUAUCCACGUUCCGAACAACCAGUUAGUGUGAAAGAAAGUACUUUGUUUGAACCGGUUUAAUUAUGAAUAAAUUACUCGGUUGACAUAUUUUAAUCUUGAGUGUGGACCAAGGGAGAAAUUAAAACAAAGACCAUAUAUAUUUGAAAUAGAAACACAUAUAAAUUUAUUUUAUUUAUAAAUAAAUCAUGACAAUAAGCAUGUAAACUAACAUAAUCAACUCAACUGAUCUAAACAUGAACACAUUAAACAUGCGAAACAUGAGUGAGACAUACCAACAGUCCUGGUUCUAUUCAGGAAGAGGAUUGUCUUGACGGGGAGUAACACGCACCGCAUGUGCAAUGUGUGCCUGGUGUUGGUGUCGAUGCGCAAUACCCGAACGUAGAGAAAGAUGAGUUAUUGGGAAAGACUAGCGAUUACUCGCCCAGGGCGCUUUCCAGAAAACUUAUCAGCGCCUUAUCCCAGUAAAGGACAUCGAAAGUGAAGGUUCUUUAUCCUACACAUAUGGUAAAAAAACCUUUAUCAUUUUCUUAAGAAUAAUUCUUCACAUGGGCUUUAGCCCACUCAGUAGUGUCAACAAUAUAUGUGUGACAACUAAUAAUUAACCAAACAACCACCCCAAAUGAAGCGCUUAUUCAAAACACCAUGUAAAAUUCCUUGCUACAUGUUUAAGAAAACAUUUAAAUACCAAUAGCAAUAACGAUGGACGAGAAUCAUAUGCGCAUACAUUUGCUGUGAGAAAAACUGCCAUAAAAUUACAAUUUAUAAAUAUAUUACAAUUAAAAUAAAUAGUGAACAAAGUUAUGCUCUAAUGAUUAUGCCCAUAUUAAAAAGACCUUUUUUAAGAUCGACUUAUUUUUACUGUUAGAAAUAUGAUAACUAGGCAUUUUAACCAUCGAAGGGAUGCCUAUUAUAUCUGGGCCCACCCGCACGGCCAACCGGCCAAGCCACAGUCAGUGAGCCAGCCAAUCGUACGGCCCCACUGUGCUGAUGCGGGGUGACGCCAGCAAUGACGACAUGGUCCCCGCUGCCGUCACUGUCUCUACUCCACAAGAUAAGCUAGUACUCCCUUCAUCGCUGGCGAUUAUACUUAUAUUUAUCAGCGGAAAUUUAAAUUUUCUAUCUUAGAUUUAAAGUUCAUUUUAAGUUUUUUUAUCGAAGUUUAUUUUUCAGCUUUUGUUUUUGGAUCACUAAGAACAAGUAUUUUAUUUACAAAUUACUUUUCUAUUGCAAAUAUGCCACGAAUAAACUAAACGAUGGGGUUGCUAGUAUUGAUACAUUGUAAUACUAUAUAUGAUCGUAGUAUUAUGACGUGUCAAUAUCUAGUAAAUUGUUUUUUUAGACGGAGGAAGUACUAUUCAACCUCUAAAAUAUGAUGACGUGUCGCCAUGAGAAGAAAAGCUUGAGUGCUUAGCUGCUGUUAUUUCACGGUGGCCUGUCACCCUCGGGAUGACGUGGAUGCCGCCACGUCGGAUCCCGCUUCUCCGUCGUUGUCUCGUCUCCUGCCGAUGAGAUCCACCGGCAAAACAUGUGACCUCGCAAUUGAAGACAAAAAUGGUGUUUUUGUUUUUGUUUUUUAGUGUUCCUUUGGAAAGCUAGGAUCUUACUCUACGUGAUGAAACCCAUGGAACUUCUUCUUUUGUUUACAUGGUACCGGUCUAAGUAACGGUUUUACGUGCAUGGAUUUACUUUCCUUUUUUUUCUUUUCGUUACAAAAAAAAUGCACGUACCAGUAACUAGUGCGUCUUUUUCAUUCCGUCAAAAUAUGUCUUCUUCUGAAUGGGAUUGUGCCGUAACAUUGAUUUAUCAAUUUAUAAUGAGUUCAAUAGGUAUUUUUCUAACAUAUGAAUACGCUAUUCAACAUUAUUAUUGGAAAUAACAUCGCUACACGUAUUAUUUUUUUUUACAUAACUCUUAGAAAAGUCCUGACUGUUUGAUUUAAAUUAAUGGGAAUUAGAGAAAAUUAAUGUGCUCAUAACAUCACAGUACUAGUAAGAGUUUAGAAUGUAUAUCCUUUUCCUAUGAGCACACAAUCCAAAAUAGGUUGCACAUGAUAUACCUAAUGCCAAUGGAGUAUAUACCAUUGAACCAAAUUUUGGUGUACGCAUAAAAGUCUCUAUUACUUUUGAUAAUGAUAGCCACUAAAGCAAUACUCCCAUGUCUUAAAUUAUACUUCUUUCGUCUUAAAAUAAAUUUAAUUUUCACCCAUCCCACACAUUAAUACUACAGAACUAAAAAAAAUUAUAGCACUCCCACUUUAUUAAAUCCCAAUACAAUUAUUUAUUUCUUUAUACUCUAUACUUUCAUAAAUUCCGAUAGAAUGAUUACUUAAAAAUAAAUAUAUUUUGAGAUAGAUGUGAGAAGAAAAAAUGAGCUUAUUAUAUGAACGGAGUAACUACUUAUAAUUAUAAAUCGAAACAUGUAUAUGUACGGAUUUGUAUGCAAGAGCCAACCUAACUAAAAUCCUAAAUCCCCCUCUUGAUAGUCAGAGCAUUCACAAACAAAACUCAAACCCAUCACUAAAAUAACCUUAGUUUUAUUUUUUUUUCAAAAAAAAAAUUCACACAACUGAUGUACCUAACGGUUGACAGAGUUACCGUACCCCCCACAAACUGGAUCUACACGCAGCAACCGCCAUCUCACCUCGGCCCCACCCAUACUACCCACUCAUUGCCACGUGGGCGCCCGCCUCUGGGCCCACCCAAGCGCCCUGUGCCCCCAUGCGCCAGCGAGGCUUGCUGCGUCGUCUUCAGCCGUACUUUUAUACCUCCAAAAUCAUUUAUAGAAAUCAUUUAUAGGAGUACUCCUUCCAUGAUUCCAUAAAAAAAAAGACAAUAUAAUAUUAGAGGUGACAUUUUCUGAUACAACAAAUUUGGACAAGCUUUCAUCUAGAAUCAUUGUAAUAGGAAAUAUCACAUCCAUUACUAUAGAAUGCCUUUUUUCGAGACGGAGGGGGUAUAUUUUAAGAUGAAGAAAAUAUAUGAGAAGCAUUGAAAAAAUAUGCAAAAUAAGAUAAACUAUUAGUGCCUAAUUAAUUAAAUAUUAAUUAUUAUAAAUUUUAAAAAGAAUUAAUUUAACUUUUUAUAUUUUUUAAAAUACAUCAGUCAGCAGUUUGAGAUGCGUACUAGCGAAAAACGACGUUCUUUUUCUUCUCUUCAACUCUCAAACGCAGCCCCCACCACCGCUGACGCCAUCACGUCGUCAGUGAUAACGGCGACGGCGGAAGCGAACAAGGCGACACCCUUUCUGUGCCCCGUUUUGUCGUCUUUGGAAGCGACGCCGCCGUAGAGAGAGAAACUAGAGAGAGAGUGUAGUGUGUGAGUUGGUCCAGGCCAGCACGCAACAAAGCAAUCAAAUACUACUACGCGAUAUGAGAGAGAGGGAUGCGUCGUCGCCAUUAGCGGGGAGAGGAGCGGGAGAGAGCUCGUCGGGAUUAUUCCGAGCUCCAUAUCCAUUGAACCGAACCAGCUCUGAGUGAGAGAGAGAGAGAGAGAUCGGAGCUGUUGUUUCUUCUCGUUUCUUUGAUUGGUGGCGGUGUUGAAUUGAAUUGAAUUGAUCGAUCGAUUGUUUCUUGGUGUGGUGGUGGCGGCGACGGCGAGCAGCGCGCCAAGGUACAUGACCUCGGCGGCGCCGGCGGCCGCGCAGUUCGCUGCGCCGGCGCCGGCGGCGAUGGGGAUCUACGACCGCCGGCACCAUCCCCUCGCCGCCGGCGUCUGGGGAGACCACCCCUUCAUCCGCCCGGACACCACCGCCAGCACCAGCAACGCCGCCGCCGCCGCCAUGGUCGUCGCGCCGCCGCCGCUAACAGAGCCCAAGUUCGAGAGCCAGCUAGCUCUGCCUCUGCAGCAUGGAGACGAUCAAGACAACGCUGCAGCUCUGCAAGAAUCGCCGAGGCAUGCGUCGGACAGCUUCGAGCAGGAGGCGUCCAAGCCUCGAGACAAGAUCCAGAGGCGGCUCGCGCAGAACAGAGAAGCAGCUCGCAAGAGCCGGCUACGGAAAAAGGCUUACAUCCAGAACCUGGAGACGAGCCGGAUGAAGCUGGCGCAUCUGGAGCAGGAGAUCACCCGAGCAAGGCAACAGAGCGCGUACAUCAACCGCAGCAGCAACCCAGCCACCCUACCAGCGCCCAUCGAUUCAGGUGUGGUGACGUUCGAGGUGGAGUACGCGCAGUGGGUGGAGGAGCAGGGGAGGCAGACGGCGGAGCUGAGGGCGUCGCUGCAGGCGGCGGCGGAGGGGCCGGAGCUCCGGGCGGUGGUGGAGGCGGCGCUGGCGCACUACGACAGGCUGUUCGCGGCGAAGCGUGAGGCGGCGAGGCGCGACGUGUUCUUCGUGAUGUCCGGCGUGUGGCGCACCGGCGCCGAGCGGUUCUUCCUCUGGAUCGCCGGGUUCCGCCCCUCCGAGGUGAUCAGGGUGCUCGCGCCGCAGCUGGAGCCGAUGACGGAGCGGCAGGCCGCCGACGUGCAGGGGCUCCAGCAGAAGGCGCGCCACCUCGAGGACGCGCUGUCGCAGGGCAUGGACAAGCUGAAGCAGACGCUCGCCGACUCGCUGCUCGCCGAGGCCGUCGUCGUCUCCACCUCCUGCGACGCCUCGCCGCCGCCGCCGCCGCCGGAGGAGGAGGAGCCGUCGUCCUCCGCCGCCGGUGACGGCGGAUGCUACAUGGCGCAGAUGGGGAGCGCCAUGGGCAGGCUCAGCAACCUCGUCGCGUUCGUCGACCAUGCCGACCAUCUCCGGCAGGAGACGCUGCAGAACAUGUACAAGAUCCUGACGCUGCCGCAGGCGGCGCGCGGGCUCCUCGCGCUCGGCGACUACUGCCAGCGCCUCCGCGCGCUCAGCUCGCUCUGGGCGGCGCGCCCGCGCGAGCCGGCGUAAAGCGAGCUGAGCUCGCCGCCGGCAACGGCCAGCCUGAUCGAUCACCGGAGGAGGAGCAAGAUGUCGUCGCUGAGCUCGCCGGGGAAGACGACAUGGAGCUCAAGUGGCUCAGUUUGAGUUCUCUGCAUUUUCAUUUGCAAGGACAGGAAAGAAAUUAAACGGACGUGUUCACUUCAUCAUAGGAUAGCAGCAGCAGCAGUAGCUAGGAGGAGGAGGAGGAGGAGGAGAAUUUGAAUUUGAAUUUAAAAGACGUGUAAAUAUUUACUACAGUAAUUAACUUGCUUGGGUAGUUAUUUGCGUCGCUCAACUUGUAAUUGCUGCCAUUUCCAUGGAUAAAAAAAAUGUCAGGGAUGGUCAUAUGAAAAAUUGGGAGUGAUUCCAGGCGCCUGAAGUUUGAAAAAGAUUCAGUCAUUUUUUUAA